ACAAAUUCAACCAAAAUUGAAUAUGUUUUGCUGAAAUCUUGAAAGUUGUAUUAAAUUAAUUAGAAUCCGUUAAAAUGAACAGUCUUUCAUUAAGGAUUAACCGAUCGGGGUUUAAUAAAAAUAAAAAUAACUUCGUUUUCGAACCGGUUUUAAUAGAAAAUAUUUGGAAUGAACAAAAUAAAGAUAUGGUUAGUGGAUUAAAACAGAAAUUCAUGAAGUCAACGACUACAGAUGAACAACUUAGUGUACUAAAGGAAAUAUUCGAAACAUUAAAAUCAGAAAUAGACAUAGAAACAGUUCAUUUUCUUGGGCUAGUAUUUUUACAGGCACAACCCAAACAUCCAGUAAAAUGCUUUCUCUCGAGGCAAAUAACAAAACAAACGAAACUACAGCAACCAUUUACAGGGACAUUAGCAAAAGAAAUAAUAUCUAUAACGAGACACGAACAUACUGAAUAUAAAAAUUAUGAAACUACAGUAUUGAGAAUAUCUACUUGCAUUGAAAAUUUUCCUGCUGGGGCAAAUGCUGUGAAAUUGGUUGAGAUGCAUUUAAUAGAUUAUUUUAAUGGAUGCUUGCAGUAUUGUGUGAAGUCUCUCAGAGAGACUCCAUUAUCACCGACAGAAAAGAAUGAAAUACACAACCUGACUCACUUAGCUCUACGAUUAUUGCUACACAUUGUACAGAAAACAGAUUCAGAAUCUGAAAUCAUCGUAACUAAGUUCAGCACAACAAGAUUGUUUAUCAAACAAUUACUCUUUGACGAUGAAGUGCCUAUGGACACUAAAUCAGUAUGUGGAAUAUUGUUCCUGUCACUACACUGUUUGGAAAAUGGACCAGAUUCUUGGCUGCAGGUUAAAAAGAUUUGUAUUAUUUUUUGUUGGGAAUAA